AUGCAGGUGGGUCGGUGCCAGAUGGCUCUGGCCAAGAUGCUUGGCAAGGCCAAGCGUGGGCAUGGCAAGGGCGACAAUGGCAAGAUGGGUCAAGCAAUGCUCAGCAGCAUUCGUGGCCAGGUAAUCAGCAGCGACCACCACAAGAGGAUAGUGCAAGGACACCGUAGGAACUCAGCACAGUCGAUGACAGCGUCUACCGAACUUCCAGCGAGUACCGAUGAUCAUGAACCAGACGGGGUUGAUCAGGACCCCAGAGACAGCGACCUCGGAAGCGGCUCGACCCGGAAGGAUGUCCCCAAGACCGGCAAGGAUCACGUGCCGGAGUUUAGCGGGGACACCACUAUGAGAGAAUAUCAGAGGAGAGUUCGUCUGUUUGAAGCCAGUACAGGUAUUGAUGCAUCGUACCGGGCACAGAAACUGAUGGAACGAUUAUCUGGCCAGGCAUGGUUGGCCACAGAGUCCCUCGACCUCACCUACAUCAAGCAUCCCGACGGAGUCGAACGACUCCUGCAGCAUCUUUGGCAAGAACUGGAACCUCUUGAGUAUGUCAGAACAUUCACCACGCUGACUGAGUUCUACAAGGGGUUCAGGAGGACUCCGGGGAUGGAGUACUUGACAUACGACAUGGAGUUCAGAACUCACCUUAAAAGGCUUGAAGAGGUGGGGGCCAAGGUUGAAGGAUUGAAUCGUGCCUAUUGGUUCAUUGAAAAGGCCGGGUUGAGUGCAGAAUUGCGAAAACAAGUCGUCGCCGCGGCUGGUGGCGAGUAUGACUACGUGAAGCUCAGGCGUGCCCUCCUCGCCAUCGUGCCGAAGGUCAAUCGCGAGGAGGACGGAUUCACUUCCAGGCAGACCCCUCCAGGCAAUCGUCAGUGGAAGCCUCGCACCAAUCAGCCUCCUCGUCAGGUCCAUGCCACGACUGAAGAGGACGGCGACGAGACGGUUGCCGAUGACCAGGAUCCAGAUCCAGCCAGCCUCGAGGGAGAGUUGGAGGCAAGCGAUGUCUACGUGGCGACGGCUCUCGAUGACCGCCCGGAGGGUGAGCCGGCGCUUCAGGAAGAGGUGUGGGUUGGUGAUAUACCUAGUGGGGCACCUAUUGAGAUGAACAGGUUCACUUUGGCUCUCACCGAUACGUGUUGCGCCAGGACAGUAGCCGGAGAGAAGUGGAUGCAGCGUCACGUGAGACACCUGCAUCGCCUUCGCGAGGACACUUUUGUUGUCGAUGAAGCUAGGCCUUUUCGGUUUGGAGCGGGACCGAGGGUGAUGUCCAUGUACAGUGUUAUUAUUCCUGUGACGAUACCGGGCGCUCAGAGAUGGGCUCACCUUCGUGUCAGUGUGGUGGAGCAGGAUGUGCCCCUCUUGAUCAGCAAGGCGGCCCUCAAGAAGCUCGGAGUCGUCUUGGACCUAGCUGAGGGAAGAGUUCACUUGGGUCAUCUUGGGACGAGCGUUCCACUUAGGGAGACAAGUGCAGGGCUGUGUGGAUUCGACCUCAACGUCGAGCCUUCCAGGAGAAGAUGUAUGUGCCCAUCUCCAGUACUUGUCGGGGAGAAUGAAGAAGUAGUUACAUCCUCCUUUGAGCAGUAUGCCCUCCAGGAUGUGAUGAUGGCCCACGCCAAGGAGGACACCGCAGACGGAGGAGCACCACAUGGACCCCGGAGAGCGACAUCGCAGGCAAUCCAGGAGUGCGAGAUGCUCGCUAAGCACUUGAGUACUGUUCGUGACUUCUCCUAUGCAGCACUCCUUGACCUCGUCAGGCGGCUUCCACAGGGUCGAAGACAGCGACAUCGACAGAUCAACGACGGCCGAGGACCUAGCAAUAUACCGUGGACAGUGGGACUUUAUGCUCAUGGUAAUCACAUUGGAGUGACCCGGAGGACCGUGCGGUACCCACACGUGGUGAAGUACAUCAACAUGUUCAUGAGAACGAGGACAGAUAUGAGCUGGAGCUCGCUUACUGUGCAUCGUGAUGUUGCCACAGAGUUGCAUAAAGAUGUACACAACGACAAGCAGGCCAACUCCACGACGGUCACCUUCGGUGACUUUGAGAAAGGACACCAACGGGAAAUGGAUUCCCGGGCGCCUGGUCGUCGAUGCGUCGACUCGUCGAGCUUUGGCGAGACUUCGUUUUCCUUUGGGGAGACGAACGGCUUCCAGGAGGAGUACGUGCAAGCAAUAGCUUGCUGGAGCAAAGUGUCAGUCACGGAGCUUCGCCAGCACACGGUGGAUCGGCUUCGCGAACUGUAUGCAGUGCUGAAGCCGAAGAAGCGAAUGUCAGUGCUGCCACCCAGUUGGAAGAAACUGGACCUCGAGAGCCUCAAGGAGUUGUAUGCCAGCCGAGUGGUGACCGACCUCGAUCGUCCGAUGGACGGACACUGGAAUCGCUGGACCAGGUCCCAGCUGAUUCGGGAGGUGGACCUUUGGAAUCUCGAUGUCCAGAGCACCAUGGAGUACAUGCCCGACACCUCGAGUCCCUUUCCGGUCUGCGAGGAGUGUGGCAUUCCAAUGAUAACUCGAACGAAUCGUGUGAGCAAAGAAGAGUUUUGGGGUUGCAGGAGAUUCCCGAGUUGCAGAGUGACUCUUCCGAUGAUGUACGGAGAUCAGCCGGUGCAGGAGGCGAUCGCGGAUUUCAAGAAGGUCGACAAGCAGUUUCAGAUGCCUCUGCCUCCGAAUGCCACACGAGUCAAGGACGAGAAAGCGCCCAAGCCCGAGGGUAUCCUUCCCGGGAGGCGCAAGAUCAAGGCCGGCUACCCAACCGGAAAAGAGGGAAUGGCGACUUCCUCCGACCUGUCUUGGGUUCGCACUGGGCCGACACCGGUGGAGGAGAUUUCAUCUGCGGAGGAGGACACCGUCAACCGCAAGUUCAACACGAACCUCACCGCGGAGGAGCUCGAGGCGAUCACAAAAAUGAGGGAGCCUUUGGAUUCAGAUACCGUGAGGCUCCUUGGAAACACGAGGGCGGUCGCGGCCGGAAUUUUCAUCAGUACGGUUGCCAUGGCAGGGGCCGCCCUUCAGGCGGUGCCUUUUGGAGCCACGCGAUUGGAUCCUCGCGUUUCAGCUGAGCACUGGAAACGCGAUUUCGGGCGGGCAGUGUGCAAGGGUUUCAUUCUUGAUCUGAAAGAGAAUGAUCCUGGUCGGAUACGUAAGUGGAGUGAAAAGAUGGUCAUGCGAUCACUUGAGAAGUGGAGUGCAGUGUUUGCGCAAGAGGGAGAGGUGAUGGGGCUGUGGAGCAGCCAGCCCCUCCGCGACAAGCAGUGCAGUCCGGUUUAUCAAGCAACGGGAUUUGCUUCGAGGGUCUCCAGUAUCCCUCCAUUGCAGAUCACGUUUGGCGAUGAAGUUCAGCUGGAUUGCAUAUGCAUUCACGACGCGGCCAGAGAGAGUCAUUGGUUCCUCUCGGUCAUUGAUCGAGCCACCUCGUAUCAUGUGAUUGAGUUACUUAGGGAUCAUUCUCCAGCCGAACUUUAUCGUGCCUUCGACAGAGGGUGGAUGAAAUGGGCCGGUCCUCCCCUGCGUGCCACUACUGACCUUGAAGGUGGUUUUCAAGGUCGGGACUUCUGGAUCGAUGUUGGAAAUGCGGGUACUGCUCUUAGCUCCAUAGCAGGGACAGCGCAUUGGCAAGCAGGAAAGGUCGAGAGGCACAAUCAGACCAUCAAGGACAUGCUUCACAAGACCAUUCGUCACACCCAAGUGAAAGAUAGAGACGACAUGCGUAAGAUGGCUCGCGAAGUUGCCUGGGCUAAGAACUCUUUGGUCCGUGAGCAUGGCUGGUCACCUGUUGCACUGGUGUUUGGACGGGAGCCUCGAGUUUUCGGGGAACUUCAUUCGGAAGGGAAUCCCACCUCAUAUCAUCCUUCAGUGGGAGAUUCCGGGAGUGAUGUUGCCGUCCGAAUGAGAUUCAGGAUAGGUCAGCUUGUCUUCUUUUGGAGAGCCGAGAACAGCAAGAAGCGUGCUAGCCAAAGUAAGUGGGUCGGUCCGGGUUAUGUUGUGGGAAUCCAAGACCGCAAUGCCUGGGUGACUUGCGGGGGAAGAUGCUUCUUGGUGGCCGGAGAACAUCUGAGAGAAGCUAUAGGUGAUGAACAACAUUAUGGGGACCCCGAACUUCAAAAGGCUUUGGCUCUCUUCAAGAAGAUCCCCAAAGAAGCCACCUAUGAGGACCUCUCGAUUCAACCAGAUCCCGAGGGAGAGCCCCAACAGCUCGAACAGGAACCUCUUGCCCAAGACAUGAAUGAAGAUAUGGAUGUGGAUGAUGACUCGGGGGAAGGACCACAUGGGGUUACAUCAGGAGAAUGGCAUCAGCUUGAACAUGAGGUUAAGUGGGGAGACUUGGAAGAUUGUCAUCAGUUUAUCCCGAAUGGCCCAGCUGGAAUCUUGAUCACUGUGUUCCAAAGCAGGACUCGAAAGGAAACCUGCCUGGAUGAUGUUCCUCAUCAUGUGAAGAGGCGUAAGACUCCUGGGACUCCUCAAGAGGUUCAUGCUACGUACCAUGGCAUUGGGAAAACCCAGAGUAAGAACAAGCUCAAACGCAUGAUGGAGAAAGAAAUCCCUUUUGAUCUUAUUCCCUCGAAAGACAGGGAACUUUACAGGGCCGCUGAGGAGAAGGAAUGGCAAUCAUGGCUGGACUACAAUAGCUGUGAAGUGUUAUCUCCUGAAGAGAGCAAGAGAGUGGAGACUGAGCGACCCGAUCGAGUCUUGCCCAGCCGAUAUGUUUUCAGGAAUAAGAAUGCUGGUCUCAAGGAUCCUUUCGGCAACGCUUUGCCCGUGAAGGCCAAGGUCGCCAAAGAGGAGGCUGGAGUCUCCUAUUGUGGGAAGGAGAUUAAGGUGAUAGUUCAGAACGGCGAAACCUGUGUUACGUUGAGUCAGAACGCCUUCCUCGAGGGUCGACUCCAGGCUAUGACUAUCGAGCCGAGCAGGGCCAAGCAACUGGACCUCGCUGCGAACGAGACCGAGUUGACUGAUUAUAGAUCAGUUGUGGGUAGUCUUCAGUGGCUUGCGGUUCAGAGCAGGCCUGACUUGGCUUUCGAGUGUAACCAGUUACAGAAGAGAGUCAGCGACCUGAGAGUGCGAGACUUACAUCGUGCCAACCGCGCGGUCAAAGAUGCUGUGAAACAUCGGUGUGAGAUUCUCUUCCGUCCACUGGGGCCGGAUGCUGAGAUCGUUACGUUCCACGAUGCCGGGUUGUACAGCAGUCUUGGUGUUGAGAUUGACGAACGAGAGUGUGAGGAUAUCUUGCAGAAUGGAACCGAGCGUAAACUUGUUUACUCCCAGAAAGGUGUUUGUGUCGGGUUCGUUAGAAGAGGAGCUACGGAACACGAGCAGCGAGCUCAUUACAACUUGAUUGAUUGGAAAUCCUCGACGAACCGACGUGUCAUCGAAUCAUCCUUUGCUGCCGAAACUCAUGGAGCUCUCAUGGGGCAUAACAUGUCUCGCUUCGCUCAAGUUCUUCUUGCCGAAAUUCGGUAUGGGUCCGAGAUUAUUUCCGCGGUCGAGGAUGAUGGAUGGCAGGAUCUCUGCCCUGUGACUCUGGUCACCGACUGUAAAAGUAUCUAUGAUACUGUGCACAAGGACGGUCAACAUGUCGGUGAGAAGGGAAACAUUGUGCACGCAGUCCUUUUGCGUCAGCUUUUGUCUACUCGUGCUGAAGGAGGAAAGGCCCGUUUACUUUGGGUUCCGACUAGGUGCCAGGUUGCUGACGGCCUUACCAAGGGUGCCAGGGGUGCGGAUAUCCGUGAGCAAUUAAAAGACGGCCUCCUCUUUCACGAGAAAGCUGUUAAGAAACGCGCAGCGUCGACAG